UUAAUAUCAUGUUCAUUUAUUACUAAUUUGAGUCAAUUAAACAGCUGCAUAGUUCAGUAAAAGUAUCUAAGACUCAUUUCAUUAUAGUAACUACACAAAAACAGACCACAUUGCCAUGAAGAUCCUGCAGGACAUUCGAGCUAUAGCAUAUCCUUCGCAGAUAUUUGCUUUGCUGCCAUUUUAUACUCGAAAUGACGAGGAUAACUUCCGAUUGGGGAAAUGGGGUCGCUGGUAUGGACGCCUAGUUGCCUUGAUUAUACUGAUCAGCUCAUUAAUCUUCGCCGAGGAUGUCCUUUUCGCCUCGAAGGAGUACAGACUGGUGGCCAGAGCCCAAGGAGACACCGAGGAAAUCAAUCGGACCAUUGAGACUCUUCUCUGCAUUUUGAGCUACACAAUGAUGGUUUUGUCCAGUGUACAAAAUUCAUCUCGACAUUGUCGAACUCUACAGGAUAUUGCCAAAAUAGAUGAGUUCCUGGUGGUGAGUGGAUUUUGCGAGAAUUACAGCUGCAGAAAGCUGGGAAUCCUGGUCACCUCAGCUGCAUUUGGAGUACUUUCUGUGGCCUUCUACUACAUUCACUAUCGAAGUGGCAUUGGCUCCAAGAAAAAGAUUAUUCUGCUUCUGAUUUACUCCCUUCAAUUGCUAUACUCCACUAUACUUUCCAUAUAUCUUCGAUCUAUUUUAAUGGCUUUAUCCCAAAGGAUUGCUUUCCUUAACCAGCGACUAGAUUCCUUGGGUCUUCAGGAUAAUGGAAAUCUGGAUAAUUGGAGGGAACUGUGCAAUCUGAUAGAAGUGCUGUGUAAAUUUCGCUACAUCACCGAGAAUAUGAACUCUGUAGCCGGAGUGGCUCUACUAUUUUACUUCGGUUUCUCUUUUUAUACAGUGACUAAUCAGAGUUAUUUGGCCUUUGCCACCUUGACUGCCAAUAUUUCGAGUUCCAAAACAGAUGUGGCUAAUACAAUUGGUUUAUCCUGUGCCUGGGUUUUAGCUGAAACCAUCACAAUGGCCGUAAUUUGCGAUGCCUGUGAUUGUUUGGCCUCGGAAACGAAUAGUACGGCUCAGAUUCUGGCCAGGAUUUAUGGAAAGAGUAAGCAGUUCCAGAACCUCAUCGAUAAGUUUCUCACCAAGAGCAUUAAACAGGAAUUGCAAUUCACUGCUUAUGGAUUUUUUGCAAUAGAUAACUCCACUUUGUUUAAGAUUUUUUCAGCUGUUACUACUUAUUUAGUGAUUCUUAUACAAUUCAAACAAUUAGAGGACUCCAAAGUGGAUGAAAUUAAUCAGACUUAAGGGGAGUUAUUAUUAUUAUAAAGCAACUACUACUAAAUUAUAUAAAUAAGUUUAAGAAUACAAAAGCUAUCUAACCCUUCUGUUAUUAACUGCAAAUAAAAUUACAUUAAACUUAAUAAAGAAUCCAAAUCCCAUUUUUUUAAUCAUAAAGGAAACAAGUAAAUUGGGUUUGUGUAUUUCAGUUGUCUGAAGGCGAUGUUAAGUGCCACGGAACCUACACCAUAAUUUGUCUGGAAGUUGCGUGAUGAAAAUCAAUAACUUGCUGGCAGCUGCAAUUUUUCCAAGGCUUCUCCUCCGUUUGGCAAACAAACAUUGCAAUGCGUAUGGCUCAUCAAAUCCUUCUAUGGAAUCGAAUGGAGUCGAGUCCUGCGGAGGAGAACACUGUGGGUGCCAAAGGGCAUGCCACGUGCAACUUAAACGCAUCAUUAAACUU